GGUUGGUUUUCCGCUUGAACAUUAUUUCCUGAAGCUCUGCUUCUAUGCCUUUUGUGUUUCAGUCAAGUUGUUUUCCCAGAUUGACCGGCUGCUAGAUCGUAAGCGUCAAGUCUGAGGCAAUGGGUGAUCGGACAAUUCUCAAGACUUUGCUCUAUACCGUCAAUUCUCUCUUGCAGCAGCGGAGAUAUCAGACCACGCUGGCGCUGCUCAAGGGCUUCCGCAACGGAGCGGUUUAUGGAGUAAAAAUCCGUGCCCCUCAUGCUUUGGUAAUGACAUUUCUCUUCAAAAGUGGAAGCCUAAAGGAAAAAUUGAAAGCAAUUCUUCAAGCUACCUAUCUUCAUUCCAGAACCCUGGCCUGUUUUGUAUUCACUUAUAAGGGUUUAAUGGCCAUGCAGUCACGAAUACAAGGAACGAAGGUUCCAUUUCAGUCUUUCCUCGCAGCCUUCAUUGGGGGCUGGUUACUGUUUGGGGAAAAUAAUAAUAUUAACAGCCAGAUAAAUAUGUACCUAUUAUCUCGAAUCCUGUUUGGCUUGUCUCGAUUGGCAAUAGAGAAAGGUUAUAUCCCACAGCCCAAACAAGAUCCCUUCCCACUUUUUGCUGCUCUGGUUUGGGGGAUUGUUCUUUGGCUCUUUGAGUAUCACCGGCACACUCUACAACCAUCACUGCAAUCAUCCAUGACCUACCUAUAUGAUGACAGUAAUGUUUGGCAUGAUAUUUCUGACUUCCUUGUACAUAAUAAAAGAUCUACUAUCAAAUAAUCCUGACAAGUCUUUGGAUAAUAACACAUUCCAAGGGCAAUUAAAAAGAUGUAUAUCUGAACAUCCUUUUCAAUACUGAACAUUUAUUUAUACUAACAUUGGAUAUAAAUGUCUAUUUGAAGUCUGUCCACAAUGUUUGGUAUAGAUUGCUGAUUUCUGCUGAUUAGAGUUUGAAACAGCAUUUUACAAGCAAAAUAUUUUAUUCCUUUUUUCUUCAAGAUACCCAGUUUCCCCUUCUAUGCUAUCAGCUGAGGAAAAUAUCUCUUCAUUGUUUUAAAAUCAAGAAAUAUGAAUUAAAUGUUAAAGUUGAAGGAUCAGAUGACAUGAGUAACUUUUUUGCAACUAGGUACACAAUGUCAUCUACAAUAUCUUCAGCAACAAAAGAAAUAACUAAAUUUUAUGCAUGAUGGAUAUCAUUUGAUAUUGCUUUUUGUCUGUAGUUAUGGUACUUGGUAGUGUUAUUGCUUCUGUUUUGUUUAUCCAUGCCUCUUUUCUAGGUUAUAAGGGCAGAUAACAUAUCAAACAAAUUUUAAAGAUUUUUUUUAAUAUGGACUUUUUAAAUUCAGUUGCAUAAAUAUGACACAAAAAUGGAUUUGUUUAAGAACACCAUCUUACAAAAUGCUUAAGAUUUAGUAACAUUAACAAAUAGAGGAAAAUGAAGUUUUAUUUCUUGGGUUUCUAAAACAAAACAAGAGUAAAUAGUAUGGUGAACAUAGGGGCAAAACUGUGAAUACUAAAAAACGUUUCCUUGAUUGAAGCUCUUCUAGAUGGAAAAUGAUGCAGUCAUGCAUAGCUAGAACUGUUGUUGUAGUUGUCAAACUUUGAUCAUACAGUCAACAGAUAGAAUUUUGUUUAACAAUCCACCAAAAGUGCCAAAUGGAGUAUUAGAUUUUAUCUCAUUGUUUUAUUAAUGAAUGCAGAUAACUGUAUUGAGUCUUUUUUAAUUAAUUUAUUUAUUGUUGAACAAAUUUAUAUAGUCACCUGACACGCACAUAGUGACUCUAGGCAGUGUAUAACUUUAAAAAUCCACAUUUAAAAAAAACAACACCCUAGUGGAGCAACAACAGAAUCAGAUAAGCCAAUUGACUGGGGGUCCCCCAGCCCGCUGACAAAACAUGUCUUCAUGUAGAAAAGCAACAGGGUAGAGGCCAAUCUUAUCUCUGGAGGAAUGAUGUUCCAAAUAUUUAUAGUCCAAUCAUGUGAACUGACUAAAGCUAGUCUUCCUUAGUCUUUUCCAGUCUUGUACAUAUGCACAGAAAAGCAAUGUGGAUUUUUUAUUUUAAAAGAACAAAAAAUGGGACUUAUAGAUGAAAUAGAAGAUCUUGCAAAAUUCAUUUGCAUAGCAAGCAUAGAUCUCCCAAAAUGUUAAUUUAUUUUCAUAAUUUCAUUUCUGUAUCAUGAAUACUACACUCAGUGGCUUCAUGCACUGCAUGCAUGUACACACACACACUACUGCUACUAAAAAGCAAUGAGGGUAGUGAAGAAUCUGUUUUUAAACCCAAUUAAACAAAUUGAAGCAGCUUUUUUUAACUGAAGAAAAUAAAUGUACUUUUGUAUGUGCUGGAGUAUUAUUUGAAACAGGAUGCUUAAUAGGACCUUGGUUAAAAAAACAAAAUAAGACUGAUUAUAAGGCAUUAAAAUUAUUGGUUAUGCUGUU